AUGUUCGUCUUAUACAUGGCAAUUGCAGGUGCUUCUGCCUUCAUUCAGCCUGAGGAACACACAGAAGCUGCAAGAAACUGCCAAUUCCAAGGCAAAUAUUUCAAGAAGUUCUUCAGGGUGGAAGGAGAGCCUGUGGUCCUGAGGUGCCCUCAGGUGCAGCCUUGGAUGCAGACGUCUGCAGGUCCCCACUUCAUCACCUGGCAUAGAAAUGACACUGGUGGGAACACCGAGGCAGGGGACGAACGCCUCUGGGUCCAGGACCAGGCUCUAUGGAUCCUGCCAGCCUUGCGGAGGGACUCUGGCACCUACGUCUGCUCGGUCAGAAAUGCCUCUUACUGUGAUGAAAUGUCUGUGGAGCUCAGAGUGUUUGAGAAGACAGAAGCCUCUAUUCCAUUCACCUCAUAUCUGCAAAUCCUCACCUUGUCAACUUCGGGCUUGCUAGUUUGCCCUGAGCUGAGUGAAUUCACCCGUAACACAACAGACUUGAACAUUCAGUGGUACAAGGAUUCUGUGCUUCUGGAUCAAGACAGUAACAAGUUUCAAAGCUUGAGGGGAACCACUCGUUUAUUCAUACGCAAUGUGUCCGAGACAGAUGGAGGCUAUUACAGCUGUGACAUGGCAUUUUCCCACAAUGGCACUCGAUACACCAUCACACGAAAUAUCAAAGUGCGUAUCAACGAAAAAGAAGAGGAGCCGAUUCCGGUGAUUGUGUCACCCCACCAAACGAUAUUAGCUUCAAUGGGCUCAAGAUUGACAAUCCCAUGCAAGGUGUUCCUAGGAGUUGGCGUCAAAUCAAUCUCCAUGGUGUGGUGGACAGCCAAUGACACCAUCAUAGACAAUGCCUACCCAGAUGGCCGAGUGACUGAGGGGCCAGACAGGGAAUAUUCAGAAAAUAAUGAGAACUAUGUUGAAGUGCCACUGAUUUUUGACCCAGUCAAAAGAGAGGAUUUGGACACAGAUUUUAAAUGCACCGUCACUAAUAGAUUGAGUUUUCAGACACUGCGCACCAUGGUCAAAGAAGCAUCCACCUUCUCCUGGGGAAUGGCAGUGGCUCCCCUCUCGCUUGUGUUCUUGGUUUUGGGAGGAAUCUUCAUGCACAGAUGGUGUAAACACAGAACCAGGAAAGCAUAUGGUCUACCUACAAUGAAGAUUGAACAGGAAGAUAUUUAA